AUGGCUGAAGCAAAUAAGAGGAACAGGUCCAAAUUUGACGGACCUUCACAUUCUGGAGGUUCAAUUCCAUUUCAUGAGCAUGCAAGGCGGUUGCAAGAAGAUGGGGUCAUAGAUCCGUCCACCCUGGAUUGGGCUGUGUUCAAGCAUACACACACAUCUAAAGAUGAUCGUGACAGGUGGUGCAAUGACAAGACAAAGGCAACAGCUGAUGGCUUUACGAGACUUAGGGAAGAGAAAGACAGUCAAGUCAUUCCAGGAGAGGAUGCUAGCAGUGUUGCCUCGGAUAAUGAUUUGAUCGUGCAGGCAUCUGGUGGGGUUAACCGUAAAGAACGGUUGCAGGGUACAGUUGCACAGCAAGAGGAGAGGGCUGCACAGCAAGAGGAGAGGGCUGCACAACAAGAGAAGAGGGUUGCACAACAACAAGAGAAGGCUGCACAACAGGAGAAAAAGGGUCAGGAACAAGAUAGUCUCAUGGUUAUGAUGCAGAGGCGAAUGGACAAAAUGGAGAAGCUUUUGCGAAGGCUUCCUGAGGCAUUUUUAGAUACUGAGGAUGACGACGAGACUCAGCCCCCGUCUCAGGACCUAGGUGAUGACUAUGAUCAUGCAGGUCAUCCACCAGCAUGA